AUGUCGAACCGCUAUGCCUUCAUCUCCAAAACGGAGACUCUCAACAAGUACCUGAAGCUCGACCAGAAGGGCCAGAUUAUGGCCGAGUAUAUCUGGAUCGACUCUACCGGCGAGACCCGUUCCAAGUCCCGAACUCUGAAAGAGGUCGAAGGUGGCUACAAGCCCGAAGACCUUCCCGUCUGGAACUUUGACGGAUCCUCCACUAACCAGGCUCCGGGCGAGAACUCGGACGUCUACCUGCGCCCUUGUGCCGUCUACCCGGAUCCCUUCCGCGGCAGCCCCAACAUCAUCGUUCUCGCCGAGUGCUGGAACCCCGACGGCACCCCCAACAAGUUCAACUUCCGCCACGAGUGCGCCAAGGUGAUGGAGGCCUACGCCGACCACGAGCCGUGGUUUGGCCUCGAGCAGGAGUACACCUUCCUCGACCUCGAUGACCGCCCAUUCGGCUGGCCCGUCGGCGGUUUCCCCGCGCCGCAGGGCCCCUACUACUGCGGUGUCGGUGCCUCCAAGGUCGUCAUGCGCGAUAUUGUCGAGGCUCACUACAAGGCCUGCCUGUACGCCGGCAUCCAGAUCUCUGGCACCAACGCCGAGGUUAUGCCCGCCCAGUGGGAGUUCCAGGUCGGUCCCUGUGAGGGCAUCUCUAUGGGAGAUCAGCUCUGGAUGUCCCGCUUCUUCCUCUCCCGCGUCGCCGAGGACUUUGGCGUUAAGGUCUCGGUCCACCCCAAGCCCGUGAAGGGUGCCUGGAACGGCGCCGGCAUGCACACCAACUUCUCCACCAAGGAGAUGCGUGUCGAGGGUGGCAUGGCCCACAUCGAGGCCGCUCUCAAGAACCUCGAGCCCCACCACGAGGAAUGCAUCAAGGAGUACGGCGAGGACAACGAGCAGCGUCUCACUGGCAGCUACGAGACGGGCUCCAUCGAUCAGUUCACCUACGGCGUCGCCAACCGCGGCUGCUCUAUCCGCAUUCCCCGCGAGACCGCCGCCAAGGGCUACGGCUACUUUGAGGACCGCCGUCCCGCCUCCAACGCCGACCCGUACCGUGUCACCAAGAUCCUUAUGACGUCCAUCUUUGGCAAGCUGUAA